AUAUAGUAGGUAAGGUAUUGUUGUUGCUUGUAGGUAUUACUCGGUCUGCAUAACAAACAGACACCUCGGUAGUGUCGUGAUCCCGGAGGCACGGUGUGGUGUGGCGUGACCGGUCGGUCUCCUUCUCCAUGCUUCCCUUCACUUCUAGGCAAAUUAGGUACGUAAGGUAGGCAGGCAGGCUCAGGCAGGUCAUUCCAUUCAAUUACAUCUAUGUAUCUAUUUAUAUAUAUAUUUAUUUAUCUAUAUUGUCUACUAGUCCCACCACCCCGACAGUUCACUGACUCAGCCCAGCCUGAGGACAAAGACUAAACUUAACCCCAUCCAACUCUCAACGUCGACUUCAGAUUCAGUUCCCAAACCCUCUCUCCCUUCCAUAGAACCGUUCCACCCAAACAUUCUGCCAUCCCCAACAAGUCACAACGCAGGCAACUUCGAAUCCUACCUACCUAUCCAGCUAGGUAUCCUCUCCAUCAAGCAUCGCCUCGCCUCGCCUCAUCUCGUCAGCAACAAGCGCCACGCCACGCCACGCUUUGACUUACCUGACCUCACCUCGUCCUUAUCUUGAACCAUCAUCACGAGACCGCCUUCUCAUUCCUUACUCAACAACCUUCAACUCCUCGAAGUUCUCGCAAACAUGCCGUCCUCCGUCUCUAGCUCGCGAUCGCAAUCACCAGAACUCUCCGAAACAAUGCAGAUAUUCGUCAAGAACGUUACCGGAGACACAUUCCCCAUGACUGUGCCAGCAAAUGCAUCGGUACACAAUCUCACGACGCUCCUCUCGGUGCGAACCUCCCUCCCAGAAUCAGAUCUCCGCCUCGUCUACGCAGGCAAGCACCUAUCGUCAUCGAGUACCUUGGCAGACUAUAACAUCAAUCGAGACGCAACUCUUCACCUGGCCAUGCCUCUCCGUGGGGGUAUGCCACCCAAAAAGAUCCGCUGCACAUACAAAGACUGUAAGCAAGGGGCGCAGAGAGUCAUCGGGGACUGUGGUUUCUGUAACGGCCACUACUGUGGAACUCACCGCCUGCUCGAAGACCACAAGUGCGACGGCUUGGAAGACUGCAAGAAGGAAUCUCACGACCGAAACGCUGCGCAACUCAACGCCGAACGAACGCAUGUAAUCAAAGGAAUUUAGACGCAUCUACGGGCUUGUGCAUAUGGGAUUUGAAUCGAGGCGUUUCACCUGGGGCAUUUUU